AUGGUCGUGAGGGCCCUUGUGGAUCUCUUCAAGCAUGAGGAUAGUGGUGUACGAUAUUCCGCCGCCCACGCUGUAGGCAACCAGUCAACACUAUCAGAGACGACCAUGAGGGCCCUUAUGGAUCUCUUGAAGGAUGAGAGCAGUAUCGUACGAAGUUCCGCCGUCCAUGCUAUUGGUAGCGAGUCCACUUUGAUGGACAAAGUUUUGGAUGCUUCGGGGCUACUCAUUCAGUCAAAAUCACAUCCCGAUAAGCAAGCAUCUGUCGCUCAUCAUCUUCACUACAUAGAACCUCUUUAUAUGAGUUUGCUGCGACGAGGCUUUGCCGAACAGUUCAGCCUGUACAGUGGUGAUAACCUAUUGACUAUCAACCAAUCGUCUGGGCUUCGCACCGCCGCUCUUGAAAAAGAGGAUCUAUUGCAAGAAUGGGUUCUGAAUGGCCGGCUCGGCUUGAAGGGUAUCAAUGGUUACAAUCUUUGGGGGCCUUUGGGACGUAGGGAUAGUGAUCAGCUAGCUCUAUAG